ACGGAUAUCUUCGCCAUCCGUUGCCUCGCGAGCUCGCCGCCAUGGCAUUGGCUCUCCCCCUCGCCCGCCUCGUCCCCGCCUGCCAGUGCCAGCCUUGGCCCCACCUGCGCUUUCGGAAGCGCCACGUCUCCUUCGCCGCUCACGCCAGUUCUCGCGCCGCCUUCGCUGCCUGCGCGGCGGCCCCUGCCCUCCAGGUCCAGGCGCCGGAGGCGGAGGCGGAGGCGGAGACGGUCGAGCAAGUGGGCCCGAAGACACGCCUCGUCGCGCAGAACAUCCCGUGGGACUGCACGGCCGACGAAAUGCGCGCGCUCUUCGAGAGCCACGGCUCCGUCGUCGGCGUCGAGCUUUCAAUGUACAGCGCCAAUAAAAACAGAGGGUUGGCGUUUGUAACCAUGGGUUCAGAAGAGGAGGCUCUUGCAGCUCUCACCCAUCUCAAUUCAACUAUUUUAAAUGAUAGGAAAAUUAAGGUGGACUUCGCAAGGCCUAGAAAGAAGCAACCUAAGCAACCUGCUGUGGUAUCGGAUGACACGGAAAAGUAUGUUGUGUUUGUCGGGAAUUUGACAUGGAGGGUAAGAAAUCGUCACCUUCGGGAAUUAUUUGCCUCUGCCCCAGGUGUGGUAUCAGCUGAAGUUAUCUUCCAUACCACCACUCCGAGACGAUCUGCUGGCUACGCGUUUGUUUCUUUUUCUUCGAAAGAGAGCGCAGGGGCCGCCAUAUCUGCUUUCAACGGAAAGAUAUUGAUGGGACGGCCCAUUAACGUGAUGUUCAAAGAUGAAAAUGGUGAAAAGAAUGAACCUUCUUCUGUCCCAAAGAAGGCCGAGGUGGAACCAUCUGAUGACCAGAGUGAUAAGCUAAGCAUGAACUGUUAACGAAACAAAUAGGUCAUAUCUGUCAUUACACACACAUAUAUAUUCUGACCCAUGGUAUUUCCUUUUCAGAAAUAGUUAUGUCCCUUGUUUUAUUGAUUUG